UUACAGAAUUUUCAUAAACUAAAUGUAAGAACAAAUCAUUAUACGCCUCUUCCUUCUGGAUGUUCUCCAUUAAAACGUGAAAUUCAAGAAUAUAUCAGAUCUGGUUUUAUAAAUCUUGAUAAACCAUCUAAUCCAUCUUCUCAUGAAGUCGUGGCUUGGAUUAAAAGGAUUCUUGGAGUUCAGAAGACUGGACAUAGUGGUACUUUGGAUCCAAAAGUAACGGGAUGCUUAAUUGUAUGUAUUGAAAGAGCAACACGUCUCGUUAAAUCACAGCAGGGUGCUGGAAAAGAAUAUGUCUGCAUUUUUCAACUUCAUAGUGCUCCCGAAAGUAUAAAUCAAGUAGCAAAAACAGUAGAGUCAUUGACGGGUGCAUUGUUUCAAAGACCACCUCUUAUAUCUGCAGUGAAACGACAACUCAGAGUUCGGACAAUCUAUGAAAUCAAAUUUUUAGAAUAUAAACAAGAGCAG